CAUUUCGAUCAAGAGCAAUUUAAAAACUUUGGAAUAUAUUAAAAAAUAUAUUGUAAAAUUACAUAAUUUUUUCUUGUAGGAUAAAGCUGUAUUCAACGAUUAUUUUACUUUGACCUCUUUUAGUGUCAAAUUAUGUUGGGAAAAAAAGAAAUAAUUAAAAAAUAUAAUGUGUAAAGUUUUUGUUAAGAAAGAAAAUUGUUUUAAAUUUCACAAUUAAACAAGUGAAAAAACCAUGAUAACUACAUAAAUAGUAACACAACAAAUAUCAGUAAAUAUAAGUUUAAAGCAUAUUUUCCUUUUUGUCAAAAUGUCAAAUAACGUAUAAAUCAUGAUUGAUAAGUUUACUAUAAACACUUUAGAAAUCAGUCGAUUCUUAAUAAGCUUUGAUCGCAUUUGCAAUAUAAAUAAGUCUAAUAAAGAACAUAUAAAUUAUAUCUACCAUUCCUAACUGCAACACCAUCGAUAAGGUGAUAACUCACGUCGAUUUUAUGAUAAGACAGGCAUGCCUGUCGUUAUCAUAUUAUAUCGUGUAAUAAAAGAAUUGAUUGGUAAUUUAAACCUGUGUGUCCAAACUGUACAAAAAUAUUUGUAAAAUCCAUAAAAAUAUAUAUGUAUGUGAAUAAGUUUUAAUGCCGUUUAAAUUUACAAAAUACUAUGUUUCUAAAAUAAGAUACGUAUUUGUUGUGUCCAUUAUAUUUUGCGUGAUGCAUCGACUCUGAUUAGUGAAAAAAUAAUAAUAUAUAUAGUCAAUAGUAUAUCGCUUUAAUCAGGAGAUUUUAGUAACCGGAAGAGAACUACAUUUACAAAGGUAUAAGAAAAGCAUUCCGAGCUGUCACAGCACACAAAUGUCUGACAUGCUACUCUGGUAUCAUUUUGCGCUGUUUUAUUUCUAUUCGAGAUAGGGGUAGAAAAAGAGCAAAGGAAGAAGAGAAUGAAGGAAUGCUCGUUGCAAAUAAACAUUUUGGUCUAAAAUAUAUUUUUUCUGUAAUAUUGGCUUUAUGCUAAUUGAGAUUCAUUCUAAAUGUGAUUAAAUAAUAAAGUGUUGUAAAAUAUGAUUGAAAAACCAUUUUUUUAUUUUUGGGGGAUUUUAAAAGUUUAAUAAACGCAAAUUCAAGAAUAGUAUUUAGUAAUUAAAUAGUAAUAAUUUAGAAUCACAUAAAAAUAAUUGAAACUGUAGAAAUAAUUCAUUUGCUACCAUUCGAAUGCAUAAUAUAUGAUUUAUGUCAAUGGCUUUUCUCGCUUACCAGACUGGCAAUGUAAAUGUUGAUUUAAGUGCGCCAUUUGUUAAUGAAUUCGAAACAUUUUAGUCAUUAAGCACAUAUAUCCGAUUCGAUCGUUUCUAUUCACCUCAAGUUUCAUCGUCGUAUGAUUUGAUUGUAAGUCCGAUUACAAAUCCGCGCCAGAUAGGCAGGAACGAAGUUCAAGGGAAACCGGUAAAGAGCAUAUGGCAAAUGCAGAAUAAUUCAAAUUUGCGAUUUUUUUCUUGAAAGCGAGAAUGUUUUUAUUACUAUAAUAAUAUUUCAGAAUAUUUUUACAUAUUUUGUAUUUUAUUUUAGUAUCUACUACAACGCGCACACACGCAUAAUAUAUUAGUAAUACAUUUAUUACGUCUUUUUGGUUUUAACACUUUAGAGAUUAUAACGUGAGUGGGAUUAUAGAGUGAGCGAUUUCGAUAUUUUCGAUAAAAAAGUCGAAAGAAAAACAACGACGCUAUGAUCAUCAUCACGAAAAUGACGAUCAUUUCCCUUGGAUACCGUUUCGUCGAAAUCAAUUAAAAUUUUGCGUGCCAAUUUAGAAUUACUAGUAAGAAAAAUGCAGGCAAUUUGAAACAAUUUCGAGUUAAAUAUAUAAUAUUUCAUUGUGCCGUUUAUAUCUGAUGGAUUGUGAUACGCAUUCUCGGAAAGGAACUAUAAUUAAAUACAUUCCUGUUACAUUCUUCGCAAUGCAGGUUAUUAAGUUCACAUUACAAUCCUCCUGUACAAAUUCUCUCGGCAAAAUUAAUAUUAAAUUAUAAUCUUAGAAGUGUGGGUUCUGGCCCAAUAAAAUUAAUAUUUAUGCCAAUAUAAUAACAAUUUUUCGCCUGUGUUUUUGAUGAGUAAUAGUACCGAUAAUAAGACUUAUCAAGAUGACGCAAUUAUCCAUACAAGACGUAAUAAAGAAUAUUUGCUAAAAUUAGUAGACAUGCCUACUAGACGAACUCCAAAGGUCGAGGCCCUGGUUGUAAACGCUAUACGUAGACUGCAGGAUGUGCAAGGUUCAACAUCACGGGAAAUUAGUAACUAUAUUUCCCAGGAGUACGAUAUUCCUAGCGAGGAGACCAGACGGCAGGUCCAGUUCGCAUUACGACGUGGAUUAUCUUAUGGGAUUCUUAAACGUUCAAGAGGAGGAUACUAUUCGUGCAAUCACGACUCCCUCGGUCCGCUCUCGUUAGAGAGUGGCACGGGCGACGGGGUGACGGAACCAUGUCCAUCUCAACCUUGGCGAUUCGGCGUACGUAAGAGGAGAUUACAGAAACGUAGAAGAAGGCUAGCACAGCGAAGAAGAAGGGAACGAGAGCGGAGAGAGCGACAGCGAAAGGAACGAGGGCGAAGGAGAGGGAGGGGACGUCGCCGAUCACGCGGAAGAUCACGCGCCGGGAGAAGGAGGGGCAGACGUCCCUCUCGAAGACGUCGAAGCAGGCGAAGACGGACCAGAAGAAGAAGAAGAAGAGGAAGAGGAAGCAGAAGAGCAGGAGGAAGAGCCAGAACACGCGCUGAUCCCGGCGCGAUGGAAAUGGAGGCGAUGAGCCUGGCGAAUCCGGAGCCGGUGAGAAGUGACGGCGACAGGAAAGACGAGGAUCCUCAGAAGAGCGAAACUUCUGCAUCCGAGCACUCGGUGGGGCAGCGUUCGCAGAGCUCUGCUCAAAAUUCUCAAAAUACGUGCAAUGAUGAAAAUACUACAAAUGAAUAAUUUUUUUUAAUUUUUUUUUUUUUUUUUUAAAUAAGAGAAGUAGUAUGUGCAUAGAUUACGGUAAGAGAAUUGUUCGACACAGAGGCAGCAAAAUCGAAUUUUACAGAUAUACAAUUUCAUUGCUCAGAUGUCCAAACCUCUACACAAAUUUCGAAGGAUCUAUUUUAUUUAUAUGUCUCUCUUUUAUUGUCAUUUUGUAUACGUUAUAUUAAUUACUACAAUUGUCUUCCCAUACGUGAGUUCUUAAUUCCUCGUUCGUACCGUAAAACCGCGAUGGGGGAAGGGGAGGGGGGAAGAAACGCGAGAUUAAUCGAAACUGUCCGUCGUCACCCGGCGUGAAACCCGAGCCUCCUGAGAAAGCAGCAGCGCGGGGACCCGUCGCGUCCAUCGACAGCCCUGAACGCGGCCUUGCCGGCUAAUGAUAGUCGCGCUAAUGACGAGUCCGCACACGCAUGUAUGCGCGCACCGCGUGACUAUUUCGCCUAGCAACUCUAGGACUAGACGCAAGACGACAACGACGCCGCCGCCGCCGCCGCCACGGUGUUUUGCACCCGCCAGCUGUGAAUGAUAAGUGCAUGCGUGCGCGCGGCGCGUAUGCAAAUUACGUUUCCAGAACAAGCCGGCGAGAUAUUUGAGGGACGGGUUCUUUCGACAGGCUGCAAAUUGCAUCUCCGCUUUCCCGGAUAACCGAAUCUUCGCUUAUAGACAAUCGAUUUCAUAAAAUUAUCCCGCGGAAGAUCGGCAUAUCCUAUAAUUUUCAGCCAAUAAUUUAGAAUUCAAUCCCUGUGACGUCAACAGCCCAUGUGUUCUAUCAAAUUGAAUAUCGAUUCUACAUAUUUACGCUUUGCACAUUCACCGAAUUUAAUUUGAAUCAUCAUUUACGGGAACUCGCACGGAAUUAUCUCGGGUGGGAUUAUUGAACGCCGAUAUUAUCAUCGAUCGAACAUUAUUAUUAUCGAUUCAUUAUACAUGCUUCGCCUCAGAGGAGAAACAUGCAUUUAGAUAUAAGGUAUCUUCGUUUCAAACGGAAGAUGAUUGAAAGGCAAUCGAUUGUAAUCGUGUGGAAGGUCCUCUACAUUUUGUUUACACGCAUAUCGGACGCCGGUAAUAAUUAUGCAAGAUUAAUUUGAUAAAGCAAUCUUUAUCCGUGGUCGGUUGCGUAUUUACGUUGAAUUUCAACGCGGAAGAUAUUUCCCUACAUUUCGAUACCAGAGGCUACGUAUUUGUGCGAUUUGUACAUAAUUUAUUGUAACUUUUUCUUCAUAUAUCAUUGACUAACUGGCCAUAACGGACGGCGGGUGAUUAAUACGGAGAAUAAUAAUUUUUACGCCGAUCGACGGCACCAUUAAUAAACGGUUUUGCAUUCGGAUUAGCUCAACUGUUGAUUGCUUAUCUAUCGGUGGAAAGCUAGAUAUGCUUUAGAAGAGUUAUUAUUAUAGCUUCGAACGAACGGCGACGUUAAAUCAUUGUCGCUGUUCGAGCUUGUCGCUCUUCUACACGCCGCGUACGCAAAUAUAGAGAAAAUAGCUCGCGCCAGCGAUCUCCCGGAAAAUAGGUCUACGAAAGACCGAACGUAUUAUAUACAAUGAUAUGUAUCCCGUUGGUAAAAUAAUGAUUAAGUGAUACAUAACCGGGGCGAUUUAUCGCAAGACUAAUUAUACGUUGUCGCCAUCGUUGUCGUGUCGAACGCUAAUUAAACAUUUACACUUGUGCUUCGACAAGUGUCUGGCGUGAGUAGAGGUGGGGCCCGAAAAACCGGUAUAAUUUCAGUUCAAUCUUCGAUGUUAUACAGAACGAUAAGAAUGGUAAACAAGACACUUCGGUACUUUUUACCGCGGCAUCGGGGGAUCGAACUAAUUGGCUCGGAUCGGACCGGCGAAUGGUGUUGCCCGCCGGCGAAAACACCAUUCGUCUACAUUGCAAAUCUAAUAGCGGAGAGAGGAUCGUCCCUUCGUUUUUCCACAUAGAGAAACGCAGAGGGAAACGCGGACGGAGAGACGUGGGAAAAAGAGAGAAAGAGAGACAGGCCGACGUCGUUUCGCCGCGAAACCGAAAAUACUCAUGUCGGCCGGUAUGUUGAAACCUGGCAUAAGUUCUGGCGGGUUGCCAGAAAAGCGGUACCCGCUUGGAGGCCACGCCAGGCCACGAGCGAUCGUUCUCGACAGCCCGAAUCUCUAACCAGAGGUAAAGGAUGAUCAUUUCAGGAAAAAAAAAUCGAUCCGGGGGCGAACGAUCGAUAACGAGGAUGUUAAUUGUUUUUUUUUUUUUUACUAACUUUUGUUCUUAUAAAAUAAAGUGGAUUUAAUCCGACAAAAAUGUCUCGCAACAAUCUCUCCUUAUCGCUUACUUAAAAUUAACAUCUUUAACGCGCGCAAGUUUACUUGUUAUGGAGAAGCACUCUGAGACUUAUCUAAAUUAAUACCCGUUGAAACUGGAACACUUACUUCACGUUCUCUACCGUUGAUAAGUUUAUUGCUCCUCGUGCAACUUCCUAGCGAGAUAAAUCGCGGCUAACUCGCGUAAGUCGUGGAAGUUUAUCGUUCGCUAUGAAUUGGGAAAUUCCUGUUAGGCGACCUUACGGUUGAUACGUACGAAUACGAAGAAUAACUUUUUUCCGCGCUCUUUUAUACUCUGUAACCAUUAGAAAAAUUUUCGCGGAUGAGUACCGCGACGAGAAACGAGCGAGAAACAUGUGCUAACGAGCGAAAUCGCACGGUGCUAAAUACUUCUCGAGACUCGCAGAUAUCGCGAGGGACCUUGAAGUUAGAAGAUGCACAAGGCUCGACAAAUAAUCUCUCCAAUUGGCCUGUAGGUAAUAAUAGUGAAACAUAAGAAAUAACUUCGGCAAUAAUUGUUUGAGCGUUAUAUAACAACAUUAUUACCGUUCUGUCUUGGAAAAAAAUUGAUGGAUUUGGAAGAUGAACGAAACAGGAAAUAAUUUCCGCGAUACUGAAUUCAUAAUGUUUGAAAUCACGACAAAGAGUAGCGAUAGCGAUAAACGAAUGAUGGUUUUAUCUAGCCUAUAAUAGAAAUUCAUUGCACGCACAACAUUGCGCUUUAAUUCUUUUUAAAGGAUCAAAUUAAUUUUAUCAGCACAAAAAUAAGUAAAAUAUGGAAAAGUACAUUCUUUCAGUUAAUUAUAACGAUGAAGAGAUUUGGCAUUCAUAUCUCAGUAAAAUAAAUUUCUGUGUCUGCUUUUUUUUUAUGAUACGCAAAGAAAUUGUCGAUAGGAAACGAAGUAAUUAACCUUUACCUUGAUCUCCGUACAUUUGAACGAUUUAAACGGCAUCGAAAACUAACUGCCGACGAAAUGGCAGAUGUUGAAGCCAACUUGGAACGGCCGGGCAGCAUCUGGUGCACCAUAAAGUUGGCACUAUUAUAAUUAAUAUUAUUACAUUGUCCGAAGAACGAUUGUGGGAGGUACACGCGUCGCGAGCCAAUUGUUCCUUAUUCUAUCUUCUAUCAUAUUAAUAAAUGACUCUCGCGCCGCACGGCCGACCAGCUUCGUCCAAGCGCAAUAUAUCUAAACAACAGAUCUCGUACGCCAAAGGUGUUAUCAGAUAACUUUUAGCAUACUUUUAGUAGAUUAUUUAAUAAUUAUUUUUAAAAAAGCAUUUAUCUAGAAUACAGUAAACGGAAAUUUUUACGUACGAGUAAAGUAUAUAUUAAUAAUAAUUAUCGAGGAAUCGAAACGAACAAUUAAUCGCAAUCGUGGUUGACAUAAAACAUAAAUUAAAUAUUAGAUCACGCGGAUUAUUUCCUCAGCUGCGUCACACGCGAAGCAUAGCUCGACUGUGCUGAGCCAUGUUCAAGUUGCCGGUACUCUUUUUCUGGUCUUCCAGCCUAUCCAUCAAACGGAUUGACGUGUGUACGGUCCUGGCACGCCAAAAAUAAUCGUCCAACAUAUUGUGAAAGAGCACGAACCGCGGUAGAAGAGCGGACCGUAAUGCCAGUGCUAAACUUUCGACACGGUUCAUCUGCCGAUGAUUACCGAAAGCGACAGAUACACUCGAAGUAUGCGUAAAGUCUUUGGUCCUCGACGCCAUUAGCCGAGCCGUAAGCCAAUAGCUUUUCUUUUAAAAGUAUAUUAUGAAACAAUGGUGACGGAGAAAAAAAGUGUUAAUUUAAUUAAAUUUUUCGACUUGAUUAAAUUUUUUCAAUUCAAGUAUUUAUGCAUCUAAUUUAAAUACCUAAAAUACUUGUAUUGAAGAAAUCAAGUUGAAAAUUUUUGCCAAGUUAACAACUUUUUUUUUUUAGUGUAAAGACAGUGAGAUUUUUUUUACAAGAUAUUUUUGUGAUCCAUCAAAAAGACCUUAUCGUUGCGAUAACGAUUCAUGACCUUGACCAAUUCGAAUCAAAUUAUUAUGCGAUUCUGUCUGAUGGAAUUAAAAAUCUCUUAGCCUUCAAUAUAAAAUCUUUAAUAUAAAAAUAGAGAGAGAGAGAGAAAUUGUUUUCAAUAUUUUAAACAUUAAUGAUGAUUUAAACAUCCUUUUUUAUAUAUUUUUUUUUAGAUUAAUGACAAUUCAAAUCAGAGGAUCAGGGUGAUUGAAAGUGACGUCGCAAAUUUUACGGGCGGCAAGAAAUUAAACGCAAAAACUUGUAUUUUCAACCACUAAUGAUUGAUAGCUUCGGAAAUGAAAUAUGAGAUUGUCAUUUUAUUACGGAUACAGUAACACAUGCUGAAUAUACUUUUUCUGACCACAUCAGACACGUUAAAUAUAGAAAGGAAAAGAGACAAAAAGCUAAGGAAAAAAAUCACGAUGUAUAUUCUUUUCCGUAGGCAUAUUUUUAUCGUAAACGUUUUAAUAAAAUCGCAGGUUUAUCUUUUGGCAAGAAACGAAAAUUAUAAAUAGGUAUUUGUGUAAUUCGUUAGUGUAAUAAUAGCUAAAGACCGACUCUAAGCAAUACAAUAAUAGCAAGCUAUGUUCAUUUGCUUUAUGUUUUAUUGACAAUAUACGCGCGAAUCUGUAGUCUGUCUUACGACGAGACAAUAGAGAACGAAGAGCGAUGUAAGUAUAUCGAUCGUAGGAAAGUGAAUGAAAAAUGAAACGGCGCUUCGCACGCGACUUAUCGGCGUCUACUUGCCGGCUUGCAUUUCUCGUCGUCGACAGUCGUCGGGUCACUAACAAUGACGUCUGCGACAGUGACCAUAAGUGACAUCGAUCACUCACAAGUGUAUAGAAGCAAAGUAUACCGAUCUUUUAUUCGAAGUAAAAAGAAUGUAAAAGAUCGAUCGCUCUUUACGUUCUUACGUUUGCGUGUUAAAUAUGAUUUUAUUUUUAAAUAUUUUACUUGAAAAUCGCGCAUUUUAUUUUAAAAUAAAAAUAGCUUCUUUUUAAAGCAUUAUUUUUAAUCUACAUGGACUAAUGAGGCAAUAGUAUUGUAAGAAAAAAACAUAUGGGGCUUAGAGGUGGGGAUCACGAAAGAAACAGACGAUCAAUUCGACCCCAAUUAAUUUUAAGUAACAUCCAUGGUGAUCCUUAAUUGAUAAAUGUGUGUUUGAGUAACGUUUGCAUUAUGCGGUGAGUUGGCAGAUGGAAAAGAGCCAGGCGGAAUUAUCAGUAGGAAAGGCAAACGGGGGGAGUGAUGACACGGUAGAAAACCUGUGGGAACAAUCGGAAGAUAGAGAAACGGAGGUAUGCCAUUAUACGGCGUAAUUGGCCGAAUUGGAAAGUCUGGGGCCUUCCUGGCUCUUUGCCCUUCUACUGUUACUCUCGUUUAUAUCCCUCCAUAUUGAUCGGCAUAAAUACGAAGUGCAGUUUGCCCCGUCCCUUCGGGAGCUCCCGGCGCGUCUUGUGCACGUCUCCGCAUAAUGUAAUAUCGCCCAGUAGACCCAGUACCUUAAUCCUAAACUAUGACCACCGGGUUUUGCCAGAUCCCAAAGUGAACUUUCGCACUUAUUCAUAUCGAUCAAUUGGAGCGAAUUUUUUCCGACUGUUGUAGGCCGCGUUUGGAAGCUCAACUUUCCGCAUACGAUCGUGUAUUAAUUUGUAUCCCAGAUAUAAAUUAUCACUUUUGUUUAUUAUAGCAACGUGAAUUUCACACGUAGAUAAUCGAUUACUUAAUUAUUAUUAUAUUCAUAGCUCAUACAUAUGCGCAUACGUGAGAGCAAAAAAUGGCACGUGGCCUAGAAUGAAGAGAUACUAUCUCGUACGAUGUAAAAAAAAAAAAUAAUAAUAAAAGUGCUGUAAUGAUGCUAUAGCUACUUAAAAAAAAUCAUUGCAUUUUCAUGCUGACAUAUCACGACAGUCGCUGUCAUAAUACGAGUCGCUGGAAGAGCUUAACUCUGCGAUGUCGUAAUACCGAAAAUAAAUAGAGUCGCGUCGCCGUGGCUACAACCACGCCGUGCGUGGAUGAAAGGAUUUAUUCUUACGCCGUUGUAGUAUCAAAAAGUAACGCGAAGUGUCGCUUUGCUGUCGUGAUAUAUCAUGCGUGUUUGUAGCCACAUAGUAUCUUUUAUCGCGAGAAGAUAUCGCGACGACGCAUUUUUCCCCUCAAACUCGAAUGCGUGGCAACGCGAACAGAGUGCCAAUUGAAUUCGAGGCCGAAUUAUUCUAGCGGCAGUUUAUUUCUGCGCCGAAAGUUUUACGUAUCGCGGAGAAUAAAGCGAGCGGAGUAAUGGAGGAGAGAUAAAAUUAAUCGUCGAUCCGGCUGUAUAACGAGCGCGAAAAAAAAAGGGGAGUAAUCGGACACGCGGCAUAAUUUUUUUCGUUCGUUUUUAUCUCGAAGAAACGAGAACCGAGCCCACUUCAAGUAAUCAGCAUUUUGCGUAAUCGAGAAAGCGAUUCGGCUUUCUUAUCUAACCGAUGAAAGGUGCAAUAUAUAUUAUCGGGCAGAGUCGGAAGAUUUUCAAGCGGUUGACCUCUUCCCCUUCGCGUUUUUCGUAAAUACAAUUAUUUAAUCUUGCAUUACGCUAAUAAUCCGAUUCAGUGAGGUAGCAAAUUGGGGACAGUUUCCUGAGUCAACAUAACGAGUUACUUCCCAUUCGGCUGUGAAACCAACAUCGCUCGUAACGAAAUGAAUUACGCAUUGCAAAAAUUACAUCAUCCGAUUGCAACUUACAUCAAACGUUUGCAGUGUCGCGACUGGAAAACGCGACUCCUAAUUAGCCGGAAAAAAAAUAGACGGAUUAAGAGUAAUUGACUUUGCAGCAUUAUUUUCUAGCGCAACUUCACGAAACGAAUUUCUAGGCCAAAUUUUUACAGUUCACAUAUUUCUCAUAAAGAGAUCAUUCUUUACACCUAGACUUAUUGGCGUACGACUUGUUGGUUUUUUUUCUGCGUAUAAGAGACAGAGGAGGGGGGGAGAUAUUUAUUAUGAUAAAUUAUCAAAAA